AUGGUAAAGUUCGAUGUUCUUCAUACUUUCGGUGAAUGGAUGCGUCUGGGGAAACUUUCAGAGAGCACAAACCAUCUUCAGAUAGACUUACAAACUCCUGGAUGUCUAUUGUACACAAGAUAUGGUAGUGUUCCUUUCCUUCCUCCAGACGUUUAUGAAAAAAUAGAGCUAUUACCAGAGUUUUCUUUCGCUUCCAUGGGUUACGUAGCGGAACGCAGGUUUUCUCUAACGAAGUUCGGUGGUGGUAUUGUCAAACUUGCUGGUUUAGGGAAACGUGGUGCGUUCCUAUUCCAGUCAGAUCCAACCCACUUGGCGGCUGUAGCGGCUGUUAGUAAAUCGUCGGUCCCAGUUUGGACAACUGGUGGGCGGUUGCAAUUGUCGAUUGCGGAAUAUUUUACGUGCAGUAGGAUUGCGUCACCGACAGCAUUCCAAGCGCCAACUGACAACGAAACUUUUCUGUUAGAUGUGAAUCCAACAUUAAAGCGAAUUACGAAUUCCGUCGUCCGCACUUCAGGGUACUUGAAGAAAUUAGCUUCAGAAUGUACAUCUCAUGAGGAGUUCGCAAAAAGGUCGGUACUUGUAUCCAUCGCCGGUGGUUAUGAUCUACAGCUUCGUCUUCGGUCAGUUGCUGAAACAGAUUUCUCACUUUGUUCAGGUGUAGUAAUUGAUGGUGUACUUCGAGAUUUGCCUGUAUCUUCAGUUGAAGUCAAAACCUAUAGCGAUGAAAACAAAGGUUUACACGAAUUCCUAACCACUACUUUGCCCAAAGUAUUCGCUCACAUUCCACCUCAUCUCCCACGUUUUAUUACUCAAAUAUGGCAACCAUGUGAUAUUGCCCUGGCAGCUAGUUCAGGAUGUGACAUAUUUGAUGGUAGUUUGCCAUACCGACUCAGUCGCAGUGGGAUUGGUUGGAUUUACAAAGACUGGAAUGAAAAUAACCUCUCUAGCAUGGUUUCGGAUCCAAAAUUCUUAGAGUUUCCCUUUGAAGAGUCCUAUAAUUUGGAUGCAGAGGAUUGGCACUUACCGAUUCAACCUGGAUGUAAUUGUUUCACAUGUUUACACCACACACGGAUAUACAUAUCUCAUUUGCAUAUUGCUCAAGAAAUGUUGGCUCCUAUGUUACUAAUGAUGUUCAUCUACUGUUGCUGCUACCUUGAAGUGAUGAUCGGGAUGGCCUAUCGCAAUCAACCAAUCGAACUAUACUGGUCGGAACAGUCGUUCUUCAAGGAUUUGCCAUGCCAGGUAGGUCGGUUGAAGAGCGGUGAGACUAAAAGCAGCAAACUCAAGGUCCGAGAGUGAAGUUGUAUUGCUGACUGUACAGAGGUGUGACAGCAGUAAGGUGUUUACUUCAGACAA